AUGUCUAGAUCUGGUGUUGCUGUUGCUGAUGAAUCCCUUACCGCUUUCAAUGACUUGAAAUUGGGUAAAAAAUACAAAUUUAUUUUAUUCGGAUUGAACGAUGCUAAAACCGAAAUCGUUGUCAAGGAAACCUCUACUGACCCAUCUUACGAUGCCUUCUUAGAGAAAUUGCCAGAAAACGACUGUCUUUACGCCAUUUACGAUUUUGAAUACGAAAUUAAUGGUAAUGAAGGUAAGAGAUCCAAGAUUGUUUUCUUCACUUGGUCUCCAGACACUGCUCCAGUCAGAUCUAAGAUGGUCUAUGCAUCCUCCAAGGAUGCCUUAAGAAGAGCCUUAAACGGUGUCUCUACCGAUGUUCAAGGUACUGAUUUUUCCGAAGUUUCUUACGAUUCUGUUUUGGAAAGAGUCAGCAGAGGCGCUGGUUCUCAUUAA